AUGGGAUCUUCACUCUGCAAGCCAGCGGAGGAGUAUACAUGCGCUGCGCAGUCGACAGUUCAUGAGUGCCGAUUUCCUCUUUGGGCUGUCAAGGUUUCGGAUUUCUUGCAGAUGAGUGGGCCGCCCGAGCCCCACGGUGUGCUGCAAGAGCGGGGCUUGCUUCACCAGUGGUAUCCAGGCAUGUUCCUGAUUUUUGUUUCGCACCAGUGGCUCAGCAUCAACCAUCCGGAUCCAGAGGGCCAGCAAGUGAGGGUUCUGCAGGAAGCGCUCCGCAGCAGUAUCAGCGGAGCGUUGCAUGUACACGAGGACCUUAUCACUUGGACAGAUGAGAGGGAGCUGUCUCCAAAGAUACGUUGGCACAUCGCUGAGGGGUUCCUGUUUUUCGAUUGGUAUGCGAUUCCGCAAAUCACGGCUCGAAAGGAUGGGGUCAAUGAGGAAGCUACCAAGAGCGAUGCGGCCCUGGCAGUUCAGAGUAUCCCAGCCUAUGUGGAGCUGUCUAACAUCUUCCUAGCACUGGUGCCAGAGCUGGAGCAUAGAGAUACUGCUAAAACGGUGAAUUACGCGACCUGGCUUUCGAGGGGCUGGUGCCGUGCAGAAUUGUGGUGUCGACUGCUCUCGAACAAACAGGACACCGAUGUCAUCGUUGUGUACUCUUCGGCCGAGGCCGAGUUCAUGUCCCCUCUCGACUGGCAGAACAACAGUAUUGUGGAGGGGGACUUUACAGUGGAGUCCGAUCGCGCAGUGGUGGUCCACCUGGGGGAGAUGGCUGUAGACAGCAAGAUCAGCCACCUGCAGGAGAGUGGGCCACUAAGCCACUACCGCUUCUAUGCCGCCCUCCGGCCAAAGCUCAUGCAUCAGCCGUGCCAGGGCCGAAGCCUGGAGGCCUUUCUGGGCCAGUUCCGUUUUGACAGCCUGGAGGAUGCAGUGCAGGAGAGGACUGGCAUGACAGCAGUGAUGUGUGCUACCUUCUCGGGCGACGAGCAUAUGCUGCGACUUCUGGCAGCACGCCGAGCAGAUGUCAACCAUUCCCUGGAAGGCUUGAACGAGCUGGGAUACUACGACACCCAGACAGUCCUCAUGGCAGCCACGAAGUCACGGCAGGAGCCGUCCGUGCUGGCGACGCUUGUCGCUCUCCGCGCGGAUGUCAAUGCCAAGGCCAGGACCGGGCUCGACGCCCUGUUCAUGUGCCGCACGCCAGAGCAUGUGAAAGUCUUGCUGGAGUGCCGGGUAGACAUGCCAAAUGCUUGCCUAUGUGGUGCGGCCAUGUUUGGUGGCCCGGACACGAUCAAGCUGCUUCUGGAAAAACGCUGCGAUCCCGGCGACAAUACGGCGUCAAGUCCACUGCUUUCGCUUGCUAUGAACUGCCGCCACAACUCUAAGGCUGUGGAAAUAGCAAGGAUGUUGAUCGCACACCGUGGAGAUGUGAACGCGGUGGAGAUGAUACCUGAGGACAUGCUCUGGGAUUGCCGCAAGGCACAGAUCCAGCUCGCCAUCUUCGGAUGGUCCCUUUGCAAGAGGCUGACUCGUUUCGCAGGCAGCAUGCCUGGCCUGACCCCCCUGGGCUACGCGGCCAUUGUGGGCCAUACAGAGUUGACGCGUUUGUUCUUGGAUCAUGGGGCGGAGUCCAUGCCCAACGAACGCGGGGAUCUCCCGGAGGAUCUAGCCCG